UUGGUAGCCAUUUUGGGUUAUAGUGAUCUACAAAGAGUCUCAUGGUGGUUGUAUUAUUGAAAGAUGGUGUUUUUUUUUAAUUGAAUCACAAAAAACAGGUAAGAGUUUUUUUAUCACAUCAUUCCCUCAUGACAUAUAAUUUCAAAACUACUAUACAAUAAAAAGUAAAACCUACAUCACAGGUUAGUAUGUGUGGGCAGUUUCUUGUAAAAAUUUUCUAACCUCAAAGCUAAAACAACAUGGGAGAUAUUGCAACAUACAUUUAUUUUUAUCAUUCCCUCACCAUAAUUCCCUCACAAUGAGGGAAUUACACAUUAAAUGAGGGAAUGACAUAAUUUAUAAAUUACUGUUAUUGUUCAUUUUGGGGUUAUAUAAUUCAUAUAUUAUAAUCACGAAGUGUUUUGGUAAUUUAUGAACUGUAUAUUUCCUUCACAGAUUGUUUGAAAUAAUCAUGAAUGGAAAACAAAGUGAUGCAAAAGCAAGAAAAAAAGAGUAUGACAGGAGACGGCGUGAAGAAAAAAAGAAAAACCCACAACAAUUAGAAAUAAUGAGAGAAAAAGAAAGGCUAAAAUAUGCUAAUAAAAGGGCUUCAGGAAAUGUUAAGAGUGUAUCAGAAAUGACAUCAAGAGAACACAGAGCCAAGAAAAAGCAAUGGAAGACCAAUUCGAAGAAAUUUAGAGAUAGUAAAAAGUAUAUACGCGAAUCAUUACAGGUAAUGUUGAGAAACUCUUCACUGCCACUGAGUCCAGAUGACCCACACCAGGCAAUGAUACAGCAUGACUCUGAACCAUCGUCAUCAAGAAAGAAAUGUGGACGGAUGACUGUUAAAAGGAACAGAAGUACCAUGUUUAGAAGAAUCAAAGAACUUGAAAAAAAACUUAAGACAACAGAAAACUGUGCUGAAAGAUACAAAAAAAGGUACAAAAAUCAGAGAAGCAUUACACAAAGAAUGCUGAAUUAACUCCUCGAACUAAAGUUACAAUGAUAUUAGGAAAGGAGAAAGUAUCAUCGGAAGUCAGAAAGAGAUUAUUAUUUGGGGAAGUCAUAAGUACUGAAUUAAAAGAAAGUGUGAAGAGAACAGGGAAGAGUCACAAUAGUAAAAAGAUGCUUCAAAGAGUUGUUGCAGGAAGAGUGUUAAAGAAAUACAGAAUGUUAUCUGUGGCUAAAAAGCACUGUAAUUUAAGUUACUUGGCUGGUCCAGUUCACAAGAACGUUAGAUCACAUUCAAAAAGAAUUCAGUGUCAGGCAAGAGGUAAAGUGUUAACCGACUACAUGAAGAACGAUGUUACGAGAUUUUUUGAAAACGACGAUGUCUCUCGUAUAUAUCCCGGCAAAAAGGACUGUCUUACCAAAAAUGGAGUGAAGAAGCAGAAGCGUCUACUAAGUAAUACCUUGCAGAAUUUACACAAGAAAUUUUCCGACACUGUUUCUUAUGGAAUAAGUUAUGCAUCAUUUUGCAGAUUGAAACCAUUUUGGAUAGUAACCCCAAAGCAUUCCGACAGAGAAAUGCGCAAAUGCAUCAUCCAUGCCAACACUGAGCUGCUUGUUGCGAAAUUGUAUGAAGAGAAGAUUUUUCAAUAUAAAAAUCCAGAUGAAGUUCUCCUAUCUCUGUGCUGCGAUAGUUCUUAUCCCAAGUGUUUGAGGAGGAUGUGUAACAAUUGUAAAGAAAAAUGUAUAUUGUAUGAAGUCCCAGAUGCAGAGAAACAAAUAACUUUAAAAAAAUGGGGUAAUGAAGAAGUUACAUACUUAAGUAAAGGAACCGAAACAAAAAUUAAGAAAAUGAUAAAAAAGGAAGUUGCAACUACGUGUAAGGAUUUAGUUAUCCAACUAGAAACAACAUUUAAUAAAUACAUGAAUCAUGUAGCAAACAUUGUUCACCAGUACAAAGAAUAUUCCAAGGUAAAGAGUGAAUUAACACCAGGGACUGUAGUUUUACACGUAGACUUCAGUGAAAAUUAUGCAUGCAAAUACAAUGAAAAAAUUCAGUCUGUGCAUUUUGGUGGUGGAAGGCAACAGAUAAUAUUACACACUGGUGUUCUUUAUUCUGCUGGUGAAUCUGGUACAUCAGUAAAAUCCUUUUGUUCCAUUAGUCCAAGUUUGCGACAUGACACUGUAGCAGUUUGGUCUCAUCUACAGCCUGUUUUCCAGUGGGCACAAGACAAAGAGAAUUUGCAUACUGUACAUAUUCUAAGUGAUGGCGCUGGAAGCCAGUACAAAAAUAAAACCGCUUUCUACAUAAUGUCAAACUUUCUUGACCGUUUUUUGCCAACAAUAGAAAACUUCACUUGGAACUUUAGUGAAUCAGGACAUGGUAAGGGUGCUCCUGAUGGUGUUGGUGGAUGCCUUAAGCGAACUGCUGAUAGAUUAGUUGCAGAAGGUAAGGAUGUUUCAAAUUUUGAAACAUUUGUAAAAGUUCUUGAAGAUAACUGUAAAGGAGUGAAAUUAUUUACAGUUAAAGAGAAAGAAAUUGAAAGUUUGGAAGAGUAUUUGCAUCUCGAGGAAAAGAAGAUUGAAGCUUUUAAGGGUACAUUACAGGUUCAUCAAGUUGUCUACUGCUCAAGGAAGAGAAGUAGCGGUCUGCAAUUCAGAAGUUCAAGCUGCUUCAGCUGCCAACAAAAAUGUGUCCAUUUCUUUCUUGGUGAAGGAUAUAAGUCUAAAAAGAACAUGGAAAGUUAUUACAGGAAAGACAAUGAAAUAAACGGAGAAAAUGAAAGUGAACCAAAUGGCAGUGUCGAUGAAAGUGGCUUUGAGAAUACACAUUAUGAAGGAAUAACCAAAAAUGUACACAAUUACAACAUUGGAGGUGUGACUGACGACACUUACAGUGUUGGAGAAUGGGUUCUGGUAAAUUACGAUGGCAUCAAAUAUCCUGGUGAAAUAACCUCUAUAGUAUUUGAACAUGCAGUUGAAGUAUCUGUGAUGCAUCCAGCAGCUGGUGGGACUUACAAAUGGCCGACAUUGCCUGAUAGACUGCUUUAUAACUUGAAGGAUGUCGUGAAGAAGAUAAGCGGGCCAUGCCCAUCAGGCUCCAGAGCAGCCUUCUUUGUUUUCAAAGACUUGUGAAAAACUAUGUUAAAAUAUUUUGGCAAUGUUUCUUUUUUACAUUAACAUGUUUUAAAAGUAUUUUUUUUUGUUUUUAAUAUAACAAAUAUGUUAUAGUCCUCUUGAUUUAAGUUUGUUGUGUGUUUUUCCAACUAUUGAACAAAUGAGUCUGUUAAAAUUUUGUGUCACAAUUUCAUUUCUUUACAUGUCAGAAUUUUUAAAAUGUAAUAUGCUGUA